AUGAACAAUAUGUUCAAUGACCUGAGCACCAAAUAUGACAAUGUCACUAGCCAUAUGCGGCAGAUGGACAUUAAGAUCGCUCAGACAGCUGAAAGCGUCAAGAAGCAGCAAGGUACUCUCCCUGGAAAGACCGAUAAGAAUCCUAAAGAAUGCAGUGCAGUUGAACUGAGGAGUGGAAGGAGACUGCCAGAUACGGCCCCAAAGAAGCUAACAGCGGUAGAGAAAGGCAAGCAAAAGGAGGGCGAGCAACCGCAAUCCGAAGCUGCUCCUUUCUCUGACGAGGAAACGGAACAGCCUGCUGAUUCUGAUCCAGCCCCUACUGCUACACCUGUCGAGCCUGUUCCUACGCGCGAAUACACCCCAAAGGUUCCAUACCAUGUUCCCGCAAAGAAGUCUCGGAAGGAUCGUGAGGAGAUGAAGUGUAAGAAGAUGCUAGAGGAUCUAACUAUCAAGUUACCUUUGAUUGAUGCGAUCCAGAUGAUACCUUCUAUGCGUAGUUUGAUGAAGGGUUUGGUCUCAGGAAAGAUAACUGGAGACAGUGAGAUUAUGUUGGUUUCAAAGGAGUGUAGUGCAGUGCUUCAGAACAGGCCGAUUAAGAAAUUGAGUGAUCCAGGCAAAUUUUUUCUCUAG